AUGAUAUCAGCAGACACUAAAAUCCCCAAAUUCCAAUUAUUUGAAAUUGUCAGAGAUUUAUUUUUGAUUAAAAUAUUUAUGAUUUUUCGAGAAGAACCUAUAAAUGAACAACUAUCUGCAUUAGUUAAGAAUUUAAAUUAUUAUUUAGAGUUAAGUCACAGUGACGUUGCUAAAGUGUUGAUUUCAAGUUUUCAAUUAUUUCCUCAUCUAUUGAUGGUAGUUCAGUUUGUAGAGGUAGGAUAUGUGAGAAUAAAUGAAUUUGAUAAUGACUUUUCAAAAACUAGAAUCAUGAUAUUAAAUUUUAGAGAAUGA